AUGACGGAAGCAAGCACCCUCUCAAACCGAGCCGACGCCCAAUGCCAGGCAUAUUCAAACAUUGUCUGGGAAGUACUGAAAGACCUAUGGCACCCGCAAGACAAUCCGAAUGGAAUUGUCAACCUCGGCGUGGCAGAGAAUACCCUGAUGCACAGUGAGUUACAAGAUUUUGUGAGACGCAAUACGAAUAUACGCCAACAUGCCUUCACGUACGGGGACGGGAACUUCGGCAGCAAGCGACUAAGACGAGCUGUUGCGCAGUUCCUCAACGAGCGUCUACGACCAGUGUUACCACUCGAAGCUGAGCACAUAAUGGUGACAAACGGUGUUUCCCACGCAAUCGAGCACUGCUCGUGGGCGCUGUGCAACAGAGGUGACGGGAUCCUUCUCGGACGACCCUAUUACAAGUCAUUCAUCGCCGAUAUCUCUCUUCGACCGGAGGUCAAGGUUGUCACAGUGAGCUUUGGUGGGCUUGACCCCUUCAGCCCGGAUUGUGUUAAGAGCUAUGAAGAGGCAGUCCUGAGCGCUAGGAAACGCGGUGUCAUUGUGCGAGGACUCAUCCUUUGUAACCCGCAUAAUCCUUUAGGGCGUUGCUAUCCCAAGGAGACAAUUAACGAGUUGAUGAAGUUAUGCCAACGCUAUCGGAUGCACUUCAUUAGUGACGAGAUAUAUGCUCUGUCCACAUGGGAAAAUAGAGAGGAUACCGGGGACUCUCCUCCAGUGCCUUUCGUUUCGGCCCUGGCGGUUCCAACAGAUGGGCUAAUUGACCCAAAGCUCGUGCAUGUUUUGUGGGGUAUGAGUAAAGAUUUUGGCGCCAAUGGACUCCGAGUUGGGUACCUUAUCUCUCAACACAAUCGCAAUCUGGCCACAGCGCUACAAUCCGUUGCGCUGUACUCUUAUGUGUCCUCUAUCUCGGACCACGUUGCAGCCGAGAUUCUCGAGAAUGUGGAUUGGGCUGAUAGGUAUAUCGCAAGCAACCGGAAAAAGCUGUCUAAAUCCUUUAGCUUUGCAGUUCGCUUCCUGAGGCAACAGGGUAUCUCAUAUACCCCCGGUGCCUAUGCGGCGUUCUUCCUCUGGGUUGAUUUGGGGAGUGCAUAUUGCGAGAGACACCCGGAGGUAUCAACGUCAAGAGACUUAAACACGACGAUUAGCAGGCGGUUGCUGGAAGAGAAAGUAUUCAUUGCGAAUGGGACGAUCUUUGGAUCCGAGAAGGAGGGGCUCUUUCGGAUUGUGUUUUCACAUCCCGUUGGAUAUCUUGAAGAGGGGCUCAAGAGGAUGAUGAAAGCGAUAGAUCUUUAA